AAUCGGAAGUGAACCAAGAUGGCGGCGCCCAACAAAGUAACAGAUACUCGAACAGAGCUGGCAGAACUGAUCAAAAAACGGGCARAUAUUGCUGAAAGCCUAGCGAACCUAGAAAGACAGAUUUACGCAUUUGAAGGAAGUUACCUGGAAGAUACGCAGCUGUAUGGAAACAUUAUUAGAGGAUGGGAUAGACUGUUGACAAGCAAAACAACAAACACAAAAGUUGAAAGACGGAACAGAAAAUUUAAAGAUGCUGAAAGAUUAUUCUCCAAGUCAUCUAUUACAUCUCAUGCUGCCAUUGCAGCAGGAGGACUCACAGAUCCUCAGGGAGAUAAAAAAGAUGUGAUGGAAUCAGAAGUCAAUAGUAACCAUAUCCAUCAUUCUCAUCCAAAUCCAAAUCAUGUCUCACACUCACACAUUGGCAAAGUACAUAAAGCAUCUCAUAAAAAGCGAAAACACAAGAGACACAGAAUUGAACUGAGAGUCAAAAAAGCUGGUCAUCGAUCAAGAGAGCCAAGCAUAGGAGAGCUAGAGGAAGAACUGGACGACUAAUGUGCUUACCUAACAGACAGAUGGACAGACAGACAGAUAGACGGACAGACAAUUGAUAUUCCUUGCUCAUAAAUUGUAUAUAGUGCUGCACAUACAGACGAUAAAUCCUAUUAUGGCAAAGGCUGGUCCCCUGGCAUUACAGUAGAUCUGUUGUUGCAAGACAUCUCUUCCCUUUAGUCUUCUUUCUUGCUUUCUUGUAGUAGAGUAAAUAUGUACUUGGCCAGUGAAAAAAUAGUAAGCUAGAGCAGUUUUCAUUUGACUAAAAAGCUCAGUGCUGUGUGUAUUUCAUGCAAUGACGGCCGUGGUGCUUUCUAGAAUUUUGAUUGGCAGAUUUUUUUCUUGCACAAUGUGAUUGGUCUGACAGUGCACUGACCUUGGCAUGUCUAUGUCCAUGCCAUGUCCGUGCUGUGUUUUGGGCAUUUGAUUGGAUGGAGAGUAAAUUUUUGAGCAAUCUUAUAGGUCUGGCAUAUGCCUUGCCGUGUCACGGCCGUGUUCGUGCUGCAAGCUUUUCGCAGUCAUAGGAAAACUGCUUUAAUAGUAACACUAGUCCCUUUUUAGCACAGAUCAUAAAACAGAAAAUAAAAGAAUAAGGCUGAUAUUCUUUUACCAAUACAAUUUUACUUUUUUUAAUGCAAUGCGUAAUGCUACACAAAGAAAUUUUAAACUUCAAAAUGCAAUGACGACUCGACUGUACCUGGAUUCUAAAGGGUCAGGGAACCAAUCAGAUUGCUUUACAUCUGGAUCAGCUUUCCAUAUAAUAAAUACUUGUAUCUUCAACUUGUA